AGGUUGUCCAGGGCCAUUUAGCCCACGCCUGCUGGGGAAGGCUAAACCUGCAGCUCAGGAACUGCUCAACGGGUUUGCAUUUCUAGAAACUGGGAAAUUUCUUAAAAUUUUAAAAUUGGCAGCUCUGUAAUCAUCUUUUGUGGUUUCAAAGCCACUGCAUACACCGUCUUCUCUCUGCUGUUCUUCCCUGUUACAGGAAAGUCUUUUUUUUCUUCUUCACGUUUGUUCCAGAAGGAAACUAUAACUCCUUCUCGAGAAGGAAGCUUUUCUGAUCAUAAGUGGUCAGAAGGAUGCUUUUGAUCGAAAUUACAGUUUAAUUUCACCCUGGGUCAAGUAACUGCUCACCAAAUGCUUUGUUGGGUUGUUUGCUGUCUCAUGUGGCUGAUUUCUGCCUUAGAUGAGAGCUGUUCAGAACUUCCUCCCGUGAAUAAUAGUGUAUUUGUUGCAAAGGAAGUAGAAGGACAGAUUCUGGGGGAUUACCUUUGUAUCAAAGGCUACCACUUGGUGGGAAAGCAGUCUUUGGUCCUCAAUAUCUCAGAGGAACUGGAUGUCUCCCCGGCUGAGUGCCGCUUGGGCCACUGUCCCGAGCCUGUACUGGAAAAUGGCAUGGCCAAUUAUUCUGGGCCUGUGAGUGCAAGAGACAAAAUCAUGUUUAAGUGCAUUGAUGGUUACAUCCUCAAGGGAAGCAACUGGAGCCAGUGCCAAGAGGACCACACCUGGGCACCUUCCUUACCCAUAUGCCGAAGUAGAGACUGUGACCCUCCUGGGAUUCCGAGCCAUGGCUAUUUCGAAGGAGGCUCUUUUACUUCAGGAUCUGUUGUUACCUAUUACUGUCGAGACAGGUACCACUUAGUGGGUGCACAGAAGCUGCAAUGCAUUGAUGGGGAGUGGAACAGUUCGUACCCUACCUGUGAGCCCAUUCAGGAAGCCCCCAGACCGGCUGAGCAGAUUGCACUCGAGAAAGCAAUUCUUGCCUUUCAGGAGAGCAAGGACCUUUGCCGUGCCAUAGAGGACUUUGUGAGACAGCUAAAGGAAAGCGGACUAGCCAUGGAGGAACUGAAGCAUUCCCUGGAGAUGAAGAAAAUUAAGUUGAAGGCAGAUUUUCUACUGAAAUAUCAUAGCUAAGCAAAAUGGUAACAGAAACACACUUGUGAAUAAAUCACUUCAGAAGGUG